GCGCCCGGCCCGGCCUGGAUGGGAAGGAGAGGGGGAGGGAGAGCAGUUUCACUGAACACCGCGUGAGUCUGUAGAAAAGCCGACACUUGCUUCAUUGGGGUUUCUGGCGGAUCUCGGGUUUGUAGCUGAUAGCAUCCCCGAGGGAAGCAUGUGUGCAGCCAAAGCUGUUCUCGCACAGGCAGAGCGGGAGCUGAAGCUGUCCUGCCAAGGAGUGUUUGACAGCAGCUGGGCUGCUGUGUUACCUCAGCAAGUGCUUCUAGGGCUUGUUCCUGCUUUUGGGUAAUUAAAGGAACCUCUGAAUGCCCAGAAGGCAGCUGUUGAAAUACCGUGCCUUCCCUAAAAAUGUGAUUUUGUUCUUCCGUGAAAGAGUCACAGAGUCACCUACUCCUGCAUUCUUCAAAGCCAGGAUAGCUUUCAGGAGCAGAUGAGAGAACCGCACGGCCUUCCUGCGGGUGCAGCACAGACACAGAAGAAAGCAAGGAUUGCAAUGCAAGUGAUGAAGCAUGAAAAGGAAGCUGGUGUUCCUUCUAAUGAGCUGGGCUCAGCAGACACAGUCACUGAGCAGAAAGAGCAACCUGCAGAGGAAAUGAGAGAAGAAAAUCUAUACAGAAGUAUUGGGGGACCUGAGGGGAGAAAUAGGAUUAAAUCACUUGUGACACAUGAUGAUGAUCCUAGAGAUUGUGAAAUAUAUUUGUCUGUGUCUGAUAAUCCUUCAGCAAUGGAGACACCUGUGGACAGUGUAGUGAGGAGGACAUUUGUUGUGAAGCAGAAGAGAGAGAAGAUGCUACACACUUGCAAGACAAGCUCUUCAGAAUAUAAAUUAAGUGUUGCGCCUGAAAUGGAUAUCCUGGAGUAUUGUGAAAAAGAAUGGAGAGGAAAUACACCAGUAGCAAAAAGGAUGAGAAAGGGAUAUGAAGCAGUUGCACAGAAGUUUGCAUCCAUAAGGCAGGUACGAGGUGACAACUACUGUGCUCUCAGAGCGACUCUGUUCCAGGCACUAAGUCAAGCUACUCAGUUACCACACUGGAUGCAGAGUGAGGAUUUUACUGUGCUUCCUGAGAACUUGUUAAGCAAAUAUGACUGGAUCAAGCAGUGGCAGCUAAAACAGAGACCAAGGAGAAAGACGGGAGAAAUAAGUGAUGAAAUAAAAGAAUAUUUAUUGCUACUAAAGAAGAAGUGGAAGUGUGUAAGUGACAUCAAAUGUUCUGCUGAGAAACAAGAAGCUUGUGAUGAACUGUUUAAAAAUGAAGAGGAGGAGUACAGUCUGUAUGAAGCUCUGAAAUUCUUGAUGCUUAACACUGCCAUUCAGUUAUACAAUGAUGAGAAAAAUGGAAGGAGAGUUCCCAUCUUCUCGUGGCUACUGUUUGCUCGUGAUACAUCUAGCAACCCUUGUCAGCUAAUGCAUAAUCACCUGAAUCAAAUAGGUCACAGCGGAGGCCUUGAGCAGGUGGAAAUGUUUCUCCUUGCUUAUGCUCUGCAGUACACCAUCCAGGUGUAUCGACUGUAUAAGUGUAGUACCGAUGAAUUCAUCACAUUUUAUCCCAAUGAUCCUGAUGAAGACUGGCCUGUGGUGACUCUCGUAACUGAAGAUGACAGACAUUAUAACAUUCUGGUCAGAAUGUGCCAAGAAACAAUGCUAUAAAGGGGAUUUUGAACAGACACACCUGUGCUUAUGGAGAUUUCCAGUGCUAUUUUGAAACAGCACGAUGAUGAAAUGGGUGUUAUUAACCUUGCAACGACUUGAAAUUCUUGUUUUAGAAGUUUGCAUCUGGACUAAACUAUCAAACAGGUUCUGUCUCAAGCACAAUUCAAAAGUUUUGCAACUGUGGCUUCUGUUACUGAUGUAAAAUAACAAGUGGGAACAUUUCAAUCUUUUUCUUUUAAGAGCUUGCUCUGAAAUUCAAAAACUAUAGAUACCAUUCUUUUAAGAAGUGAUGAUCUUCUGUAAGAUGUGAGCUGUCUUGUGCCCUCUAAAAUAAUGAGAUACUGAUGAAUUUCAAAUUUCUAGAAAAGUGUCCUAACAGAUCGUUGUCUGCCUGCACACAAGCAAUUUGUGUAAAUCAAGGUCUGAGUAAUUUAA